GGUGAUAAGGCUCCUGGAAACUUGCUAAGUGGCACGUGUUGGUCAAUCCAUUGCGUGCUGAGGCGGUUUUGUACAGUUCGGUCUGCUUUACUAUUUAGCAAAGCAAGCUCACCCGAAUAUAUGCACAAACAGAACUUUGGUUGAAACAAGAGUUUAGUUUUUGGAGAGAAUAAUGGCAAGUAAUAAUAUAGAGAAGGAUGAAGUUUUGCCUCUGGAGCUUCCUGCACCUCCUUCUUGGAAGAAACUGGUCAUGCCGAAGAAAGGGGGUAAAAUAAAGAAGAAUGAGGUUGUAUUUGUUGCUCCAACUGGAGAGGAGAUCAGGAACCGCAGACAGUUGGCGCAGUACCUGAAAACGCACGAUGGAAAUCCUGGUGUAUCAGAAUUUGAUUGGAGUUCUAGUGAGAAUCCAAGGAGAUCAGCACGGAUCAGUGAGAAGGUUAAGGCAAUGCCCCUUAUGGCAGCGGUUGAGCCGACAAAGAAACGACGUCGAACAUCUUCAACUAUCAAAGAAGAUAAGGAAAUGGAUGUAGCAAAUGUAGAUAAGGAAAACUUGGACAAGAAAGAUAUGGAAUCUGCCAGAGAAGAAAAGGAAAAUGUUGUAGAAUAUGAAAUGGAGGACAAGGAGAAGGACGAGAUAGGGGCUAAGAAAGAAGUCUCAGAGCACAAAAAAGAAGAGGAAAUGCCUGAUAGAGAUGCUCCAGAGAAGAAAAUGGAGGCCAGCAAUGACACUGAGGUUGACAACGGAAGAGAUAAAAUGGCAGGAAAUGGCUCAGAGGAAACCAUUGCCAUUGAUGCCGAGGUCCAUAACGAUUCUAUGGACAAUGAUGAUUUCAAGGGACUGGUAGCAGAUGCAGCCGUUGGAGAAACAAAUGCUGCUGAAGCCGGACCAGAAGUUGAGGAGGAACAUGGUUCUGGAGAAAAGCUAGAGAAGAUCCAAAUUGAUAAAGACGGCUGUGCAGGUGAUGUGAACCAAGAUAUUCCAGAUAAGGUCACACCAGGAACAAAUGUUGCAGGAGGGGAGACUGGCAAUGUUGAGGAAUCUACAUUAGUUGGGAAAGCUAAUGGUUCCUGCUUGGACUUUGGAGUGUACAGGUCGCUGGAACAAGAGAAAGAAAAGAGUAGAACAAGUUUGAUGAUGGAUAAUGGCGAGAUUAACCAACCAGGGCCAGCACACACCCCACAACAUCAACCAGCUGCACCUAUUAGUUGCUAAGUUUAGCAUUUAAAAUACCUUAGGCUUUCUCCCAGCGCAAGUUUCGUCCGUCUCACUGGGAUUUGCUCAAAUAAUUGUAAUAGUAUGUUUAGCAGUUUAGGAACUGAACUUUUUGGGAUCAGCUUUCCAGAUCUUUCUGUGAACAGUACAUCUGUUAUCUGUAUGUAAUCACAACGUGGAGUGACCAUGAACAGCUUCUUGUUCAAUGUGGUAUUCAUAUAUUAGUUGAUCAAGAAGAAUGUUCUCGUCUUCGCUUUUUCAUUUGU